AUGGACUCCCGGCUUUCACAGUUCUCGGAGGAUGGCCUCACAAGGUCUGUGUCCGCCCCAUGUCUCAAUGGGCUGAGCACGGCGACAGCGGGCUUGGGCCAUUUCAAGCUGCCCUUCGCUCGCCUCCCUCGCGAAGGGCCACAGUCGGGUGGUGGCCACCUCCGGCGCCUCUCCUGGGAUCCCGUGCUGGAGCAAUUCCGCACUUGCUCAAGCCACUCGAAUGAGAUGGCUGACAUGGCCCACCCCCAGCUGGUUCGCCCGCACACAGUGCCCAGCUGGCUUUCUUCGACAUCAGAAAAACCAGAGGCAGAUUCGCAGAUGUGGGAGCCAAGGAACUGGGGUCCGAGUGAAAAGCAGCAGCAAGCGAAGCGAGGCUUACUGGCAAGGAGGAAGAAGACCCAGGCGCUGCGUGAACGUGAUCAUCGGCGCAUCCAGGUCACAGUCGACCGGCGCAAAGACGAACGGGAUGCACGCUUGAAGCGACUGGUGCAGGCCAUGACUACCAACGGCCCCGACUAUGAGGCCGCAGCGCAGCUGCAGGCAUUCCGAGACCAGAAGGAAACAAAAAUCCGAGAACACUAUCUGGACUGGGACCGUCACGUCUUCAAUCCGAUCGCGGCACAGGCUUUCCGGCAUCUGAAUCCACGGGUGGAAAAGCGCGUGUGCUUCAAUCUGGACUCGCCAUUCCAGCUUGUUGUGGACGCUUCCAAGGACCCUGCAAAGCGACAGCUUCUGCAGAACCAUCGUGAACGGCACUUUCAGAAGCAAUGCAACGAAGUGCUCAGUUCAGCACCCGCACUUCCGGACCCCUUGGAGGAGCGGAGAGCCUUGGGGGCUGAGUGUUUGCCUAAGUCAAUCAGCCGUGCAAUCUUGGAGCCCGAUGUUUGGGGGCAGUACGCCACUUCGGUGUUCGGUCACUUCAUCGAGGCCUGUGAUCCUCGAGGAACCUGCAGGAGGAUGAGAAUUGGUGGCCCCAAUGUUCACAUCCCAGACGAGACGGAUUUUCCUGCUGCUGGCACGCGCGUCAGUCGGACACGUGGAUUCGGUGACAAGGGCGUGCUCCGCGAUGAGGUUGCCAUGGGUGAGACUCGGGAGUUCCGCGAUGGCAGUGGCGCUGGCUGUGGCGCUCCAGCUCAGGACCACUUCGGCUUCAAGAGUGGCAAGGAGAUUGUGGACUUAGACUUUCCGCCGAGCAAGCGCACAUUCCCAGAGAUGCAAAAGUACUGA